UAAAAUGAAGGGGGUUGAACACUUUUGCAAGCCACUGUAAAUAUGGUCCGACCCUUUUUGCCUUGUCACUAUUCGUUUCCCAUGACUUCAGUCUGGUCUAAAUAUUAACCUUCCCUUUACAAUUUUGUCUAUAUUUACAGGCUGUGUCUGACGCGACGCCGACUUGAAGGAUGAUAUAAAGCGUACUACCAUAAAACUAUGUUCCUUUAGUUCCGUUCUAGAAUCUGCAGGGAGGAAAACGUUUGUAAUGAGGUGAUGGUGCUCAUUCAUAUCUAGAGAAGAGACAAAAGUUUCAUUAAUACUUUUCUUACCUAUAAAGUUAUUUUGUACUAUUGAUUUUAAAUCAGUAUAGCAUUAGCCUAUUACUUAUUUUAAUAUAUUUUGAAGAAUUGUCAUGUUUAAAUGUGAUGACAAAGUUCUUAAGACUUUGUGCUGUAUACGUCUAUGGAAGUCAUGGGACCAAACUGAUAAUAUGGAAACGGGACGCAGGGACAGCACUUCCUCCAAUUGGGUCGGUGAUUUUUAUGACGUCAUUCUGCACCACAGCUUCUCGUAAAAGGUAAACUAAAUGCUAUUGGCUAAUUUAAAAGGGGGAGGAGCCCCUCGAUAUUUCUCAUCCUAACUUCCGGUUUAAGUGGAAACUGUCAACACAUCAAACAAAAACUUUCGAAAUUUCAAGACCCUUCAGUGGGUUUUAAGACGUUAUAUACUGAUAAUCUUUUCCAGUGAGCUGUUACCUUAAGAGCUGAAAAUGAGAUGUGGUUUAUGAGUAAAUCAAUUUUGUGAACAUUUAUUCACUGUUUCUGAACUCACUCACUUCGUGAUUACCAGGUUUAAGUUAACAGCUCAUUGGAGCAGAAAAUUAUCAGUGACUACCAACCUAAAUAUUGGUGACUAAAAAGGGAGAGAAUUUGUUAGUCUUUAUGUUUGGGUAAACAAAUUCUGUCACAGAUAACAGAUUCACAGGUGACAGAUUCUGACACAUUAGAAUAGACUUCGUGCAGCUUGACAGACGGAGGUUGAGAAUAGACCGUGUUGUUGAACCAUCACCAACUGAAUGGGACGGGUCGAAUUUUUAUGGGAGGUGGGGACGACAGCAUUUAAGUGUCAAUAUUAUACCUCCCUAUAGUCAGAGCACACAAUGAGGGAGUAUCUGCAGUCUUCAGAUUCAUUUGAUUGUGCUUUGUCCUUGUUCGUAUAAACCAUUUUUACCACUUUGUUUUUAUAGUAACAAUGCCAUAGCCUGUAAGCAACCAUUUAAGUGCUCUUAAAGGGACAGUUCACCCAAAAAUAAAAAUUCUGUUAUCAUUUACUCCUUACUCAUUACUGUUCUAAAUCUGUAAAAGUUUCUUUGUUCUGUUGAACACAGAGAAAGAUAUUUGGAAGAAUGCUUGUAACCAAACAGUUCUUAGCCACCAUUGACUCCCAUAGUUGGAAAAAUGACAAUGGUAGUCAAAAGUGCCCCAGAACUGUUUGCUUUCCUACAUUCUUCAAAAUAUCUUCUUCUGUGUUUAACAGAACAAAGAAAUCAAUAAAGCAAUUUUUCCAACUAGUCAGUGAUGGCCAAGAACUGUUUGAUUACAAGCAUUCUUCCAAAUAUCUUUCUCUGUGUUCAACAGAACAAAGACAUUUGAACAGAUUUGGAACAACUUGAGUAAACGAUGACCGAAUUUUCGUUUUUGGGUGAACUGUUCCUUGAAGGUUUGCAGCCACAGGUUAUACAGUAUAUAUCGCACAUUAGACGACAGCGUUAUGUAUCCACAUGGGUAUAGUUGGAUGUGUUCAUCAUGUAAGUGAAAGCCUAAAGUUGCAAAGAAAAACAAACAUUCAUUGCUCAGGUUUUCAUGGCUAACAAAGAAUCUGAAAUGUAACAACGGUCUUCCUUCUUCUCAGAGCAGCAGUGAUGAGCAGGGUUUAAAGGAAAAGAGUGGAUUUUGGAGGGAUAAACACGUUUCCUGCGUCUCUGGAAUGCACAGAGGAAUGUGUUCCAUCACUCCGCAGUGACUUCCUCCACCGUGUCACACAUUCUUUUAUCCAUCUGCAGAAGACAGGAUUUGGCAGCAAUGAGAAGAAAACUCGCUGCCAAACGUCUACCUAAGCUUAUUUCUUGCUCAGAAAUAGCACGAGACGUUAUAUAGAGUUUAUGAGGCAAAAAUAUUUCGACUGGAUGCAAAUGAGCUGCAAUUUAUGUGCGAAACAGUUCCGUAAGUUUUAAGAGCAUUCUAAGGGGCUUAAACUCUGAAAGUGAUUAAGACCAUGCUGCCCUUUGCAAUUCAAAAUCUAAGUGUGGGAGGAUGUAUGCCAUCUGUAUGUCCGAUUACUAUUGCUAAUAUUUCCAUAUUCCCAUAUUUCCUUAUCGGAGGUACUUUUCGAAGCAGCGGUAAGAGAUUCAACAAACCUCGUCUCUGUUUUAAUGACGCAAAUGAUAAAAUCACGUUAAUGAAAGUAUGUGGAGAGAUCAUGUCAUGCAUUUGCAUGUAAGCGCAAUAGCAUUUGCAUCACCCACAAUGGCUGCUUGCUGAACCUCUAAACACGUGUGCGCUCAAUGGACACUGUGUGCGCAUCCCACGCUAGGGGGCCGCAUUUGCAAAUUCGGUACCUCGAGGCUGUGCCCCGUGUUGACAUAGGUCACGGCUAACCCUUACGAAAAUGUAAUGUUUAUUAUGAAGAGUUCUGAACGUCCUCAGUUCCUUUUUUUUUUUCAUUUGAAAAAAAUGUAAGAACAAACAAAUAGGCGUUUACUGUUUCGACUUACAUUUUGCCCAGUGGUGAGUUGCUGCAACUUGCAACAGUUGUACCUUUUUCUUAUAUCUGUUUUGAUAAUCUGAAGGAAUGCGAAAAACAUUUGGACUGUACUUAUAACAUUGCGGUUGUGGUUAAAAAUGUAAGACGGUAUCAUUUUUUUACAGAGUGCGGAAAUUUUGAUUUCUUUGACAAGCUAAGUCAACAUCUCAUCACAUUUCUCAUCGUACACCCAAUGGAAUGCUCUAGAAAUAAUUCGAGGUGAUGCUUUUAAAUAUAUUUUCUUUAUUAAAUUUUCUGAUUUCCGCAAAUUGUGUAAGACACACUUACCACCGCUAAUAUCCAAGGGAAUCAUAUAAAACCAGAUCAUUUUUCUGUCCCCUUAGGAGACUCUUUAUCAGUGAUUACUUUGUGCAUUCAGAAUCAAAUAUUGACCCGAGGGCACAGGAAGCUCCCAAACGCUCGCUUCCUUUCCACACUGUCCACCCACACCUGGCCCUCAUAGAUCGAAAGUUUCCCAUGGUCAUCAUUCUUUCCAUGGGACACUGGAUUGUCCUGCAAAGUGGCUGCGACGGGAUCUAUGCAAAACCACAAAUCUGUAGAUAUCCCUUAUGCCAAAUGUCCACCCCCACGACCUCCAUUCCCAGUCGAUCCAUGUUUAUGGUUAACGUUGUAGUUUUCCCUAAACUUUAUACCUUUAUCGUAUUGGGUCUCUUCCUCACAAACAAUCCACUGACCUCUGUUUUGCCAAGGCAGAGAUUCUUGGGAUGUCACAGGGUGCGAAGGCAAGCUGAAGUUGUGUAAGUGCCACCCAUGAGAGUCACCCUAGCAGGGGGUGGUGCAUAUCUCCAGAGCUAUAAGUGAGGCCAAACAGGACGCUUCAACAUUAGACGAGCACCUGCAGCUGAGAACUGUUGCUUUAGGGGAACAUCUGGACUUGUGUAUAUCAAGACUUCCGAACAAUGGAAUCAAGAACUACACUGAUCUUCAUGUUUAUCUUGUGUACAACUCAGGAAGGUAAAAAACCUCUAUUUGUGUGUGUGUGUGUGUGUGUGUGCUAUUAUUUUUAUUAUUUUCCAUGGCAAAUUUAAACGAUUCCUUCAAACGGCCCAUAUUUUCAAAGCAAGAUUUCUAGGAUUCUUUCAAGUGGUUUUUUUAUGUACAUUUAUUUCUUUUAUCCUUUAAACUUGUCUGCACAAGUUUCAUAAAAGUAAGUGUGAAUUCAGGUUUUUUUAGAAGUAUUUUGUUAACACCAGUUCAGCUGCCUAACAAUACGUGUCAGGAGCUCAUAAUCGAUCAAUUCAGUGUCACUUUUAUAACGCCAAAUUGCCAGCUCCCACAGAAGCUUGUAUAAAUGACUGUAAACCUAAGCCACCCGCUACAAAGAUUAAGAUCAAACAUCUUGGAUCGUGUUCACGAUUACAUAAGAUUAUAAAAUAACGCAUUUUGCACCGAGAAGAGGGGAUGAAGCGAACACAAACAUAAUAAUAAUUUGAUGCACAAAGCUUUUCAUGUCUCAUAAACUUUUCUCUGGAAUCUUGUGGCCCUCGCUGUUUACGGGACAGUUUACGGAGUUCCAUCUCCACUCCUCUCUCUUUGCAGGAGGGGGGUUGCCUCUAGGGCCCCAGACUGACCCGAGCGACCCACCGGCUGCCCAUAGGGUCAGGACCAAACGCUGCUCCUGCAACAACCAGCUGGACUCAGAAUGCCAUUAUUUCUGCCAUCUGGAUAUUAUCUGGGUGAACACGCCAAGUAAGACUACAAUAUACGGAUUGGGCAGUCCACUGUCUCGCCGGCGAAGGUCUACUGGCCGCUGCUUCUGCACCAACCCUGCAGAUCGGACCUGCAAUGCUUUCUGCCUCUAUAGUUCUGAGAAUCCUGCCAUAAUGCUUGUGAACCCAUCUGAACCCAUGCGUGAAAAAGAGGAUCAGCCCAAAAAUGACUCAGAAAAUGCCAGUCCAGGAGUUCUGGUUUUGGGGGAGUCUACCACCCCUGGGGCUCGGUCAGACGUCAUGACUUUCCUCAGGAACCUGGUUCAAGCUAGAGUCAGGGCCAUGGAAAAGGCCACCCGCACUAGACAGUGGGCAUCCGGGGCUAGUAAACCUGGCUACAGAUGAAAUCCCGACCCUGCGGCAGGAGAGACGGGAGAGCGAGCGUUUGAACAAGAAAUGACCCUUGUGCAACAUGGGCCAGCAGAACAAAGAGAUGCUGCAUGCGGGAAGCAGCACAUCGCUAGUAACGGAAACAGGGCCUUUUACUGAAGAGCCCAAGGAGGUUCAAGUUGAACUGUUUCUGUCUGUUGGGACAGUACGAAAUAGGGGAGGUAUGAGCAAAGAUGGUUAGUUGCUUGAGUGCUAGAGUUUGUUCACAAACACGUUGGUUUAAAGGACACAGAUAUCCAAUGUCUGGCUACUGUUGGAGUCGACAUCUACAGGAGUGAUGGUUGUCAGUAUUUUGGCAACCUUGUAUAGUCAGUUGAUUUGUUUAUUAUUUCAUUUCAAAUGGAAAACGGAAGAUAAUAAAAGCGAGACAAAAAAGUCAAUGUUCAGGACAGACAAAUUUAAAGGCCUGCAUUUUUCGUUAAUUCAAUAUUUACGUGUGCUAGUAAUAGGCAAACCAAUUUUUGCAUUUAGUGUCAAAACAAAAGGAAUUUAAUCUUGGAACAUUUUUACUGAAUGUAUAAAUCAUGAAUCAUUUCCCAAAUCAUUUAAGAGGAGGUGUUCUUUACUUCUUGAGCAAAAAAAUGACCAGCAUGAAUUUCCGUACUGCAGGCAUAACUAGGCAAAUCUAAGAUGAUGAAUCUGGUUUGACACAUGGUCUUUCAGAUGAAGCUGGAUACGCUGGUUAAGAAGUCUGGUGGGUCAGCAGCACACUGGCAUCCGAUGCUAUGGACCAGUGUCCAAAGCACUAUUUGUGAUGCCUUCCAAGUGGCCAGUGUGAGCACAAGGAUGGGCAUUUGGUUUGGAAUAGCCCACAAGGAUAAUCCCUUUUGUUUACGUCCAUUAAAUAUCUAUCCUUUAACUGUUGUUAUAUAAAUUUAUAAAUGCUGUUGUGUUGUUGCAAUCUGUUGUUAUGGCCACAAGAUUAUUUUAAUGGUAACGGAUUAUAAUCUUUUCUUAAUCUCAUCUAAAUGUCUUAAUAAUUACCAUCAAUUUGAUGUCUGUGGAUAAAGGCCAAAGGGAGUUGCAUGAGAGAUCUGAAUGGGAAAGUUAUUAGUUGCUAUCUGUAUAGAUAAAUGAGAUGCUGUUUGUUUCUUUCAUGCGACAGCAGCAUAGUUUCAUCAAUAUUUGUUCUAUUUAUUGUAUAUUACUUUCUGAAUUAUUGAGCACAGAUUAAAAGCAAUAGUACAUUUGUAAUAGCUGUCAUAAUAUACUAAUAAA